AUGUUUGCAGUGGAGGCCGCCAGAAACGCUAUUAAUAAGGUGCGUGAUGCAGCCUUAUGUGCUGAAGAAGCAAAGAGAGGCGUGGAGGCGGUGGCUGUAAAGGUUACUGGUGCACUGAGUGCCACUAAGAGGGCCAAGGUGCACGCUGCGGAGGUCAGGGCGCUGGGUGACGGGGCCGCUGCUAAGGCUGCUGUGGCGAGGAAGCUGGCGGAGGGCGCGGCACAGCAGGCCGCUGGUGGAGCUAAAGUGGUUGGCCAGGCGGACGUCACGGCGAGAAAGGUCACGGAUGAGCUGCAGGGGGUGGCUGGAAGUACAGGUGCGCAGUGCUCUGUAGUGCACUGA